AUAAGGUCUAGUUAUCUGAAACCUGCAAUGUUGAUCUACUUAGAGUGUCUAACAAGUCACAUUCUCCAGUUUAGAAGUUGAGAUAAAUACAAGUAAUCGUCAUUUACAGACAGAACAAGGUACACUUUCAGAGUGGGUGUUAUUUCUCCUUCUGUUUAUAGGAGACUGAGGAAGUUGACAAAGGUUGUUGAAGAAGUUUCCAGGACGUGAAUUUAACAGACAUAAAGAGAUUCCAUAGAGUUACAACAUGUCAGAAGUUUACUACAAAGAUUCUGCUGGAUUUCAAUUACUCAACUAUGAUUACAAUGGAUUUUUGCUACCUUCAUUUCCAAAUAUUCAAGAAAAUAUGGACAGACUUCCAGAUAUGCCAAUAAGAGAUGAUGAUGUUUUACUUCAAGGCUAUUUUAAAGCAGGUUGCCACUGGAUGUGGGAAAUUGCUGGAAUGUUAGUUAAUGGUUCUGCUGAAUAUAACCCAGAUAGCAAAUUGACUGCAAUGAUAGAAUGUGCAAGCCGCGACCAACUAGACCAGCUUCCAUCACCCAGAGUUCUAAACAACCACCUGUUCUUGCAUCAUUUACCUAGAGAGAUAUUUACCAAAAAACCUAAAAUGAUUUUCAUGACACGCAACCCUCGUGAUAUUGCUGCCUCUGCCUACUACCAUACAUUUCAGCUUAAGAAACUAUAUGAAUAUGAUGGAGAUUGGAAUGGCUUCUUUGAAUUGUUUUUUGAAGGGAAAGUGAAUUACGGUAGCUGGUUUGAAUAUAUGCUCCAGUGGGAGAAGGACAUUAAUGACCAUCCUGAACUACCCAUUUUGAUAGUUAAAUAUGAAGACCUCAAAAAGGAUCCAGUUGGCAAUGUAGCUAAAGUGGCUGAGUUUUUAGGCCUUCCUAAAAAUGACCAACUUUUUAAAGAUAUUGCUGACAAAUGUACUUUUGGCAAAAUGAAGGCAGCAAAAUAUUCUCAGCUUGAAUUCCUUCGAACACCGACAAAAACAUUGUUUCGUAAAGGUGUUGUUGGUGACUGGAAGAAUUGGUUCACAGUUUCUCAGAAUGAGAGGUUCCAAGUGGAAUGUGACAAAUUUGACAAGCAGUCUACGUUGUUUAGUACAAAGUACUAAAUAUCACUUUAGUAUUGUUAUGAGUUUCUCAUAAACACCUUUAUAUUGCAUGUGUUAAUAUGUUUAAUAUCUUUACUGACAUCUCAAAAAUCGCUUCAUUACUAUAUAUAUUGAAAAUAUUUUAAAAUUCUUAGUUUAAUGAUGAUGAUGAUGAUGGUAGUGGUGGUGGUGGUGGUGAUUGUGGUGAUGAUGAUGUGCUUAUUGUAUACAGAGCUCAGAUACACUACAACUUAUCAGAGAAGGAUAAAAAAGGAGGCAAAAAGCAACAAUAAGUCAAGUAAAGAAAGACAUCAAUGACAAGCAAAAGUGUAUGCAUAACACACAGAGUAAAACUCAAGAAGACAGAUAAGUAAACAGCAAAAGAGUCGUAAAGAGGAACGGGUUUAUAGGCAUGUCAGGAGUAGUGCAGGGGAAAUUC